ACCAAAGAUGAAGCAGCGGAGAGGGCUAAGGAGUACAAAGACAAUACCACUGUGAAGGAGAAGUAAACUACGGAUGAAGCUGAGAGGAAGAUGGGGGAAUACCAAAACUAUGCAGCCGAGAAGGCGAAAGAAGCAGCUGAAGCAAAGGACACUACAAAGGAAAAGACUCGUGAGUAUAAGGAGUAUUUAGAGCAAAAGUCCAGGAAGGCAUCUGAGCAGGCGAGUCAGGCAUCUGAGAAAGCGGAGGAGUUAGCUCAGAGGGCAAAGGACACUGCCAGGGGAAAGGCUGCUGAGUACAAAGACUAUGCUGCUGAGAAAGCAAAGGAGUCCGCACAGAAGGCGAACGAGGUUAAGGACACCACAAAGCAAAAGGCUGAUGAGUAUACUAAUUAUGCCGCCCAGAACGCAGAGGAGACGAAAGACUCUGCGGCCCAGAAGAAAAAGGAGACGAAAGACUCGGUAACAGGUAAAACUUACACAGAAUCUGCCGCCCAGAAGGCAAAGGAGACAAAAGACUCUGCCGCCCAGAAGGCAAAGGAGACGAAAGAUUCUGCUGCCCAGAAGGAAAAGGAAACAAAGGACACCGUAGCUGGGAAGACUUCUGAGUAUACAGGUGAUGCAGCGCAGAAGGCAAAAGAAGCGAAGGACACAACAACGGGAAAGGCCGCUGAGUAUAAGGACUAUGCAGCUGAGAAAGCCAAGGAGGCAAAAAGUACCACAGAGCAAAAGGCUUCUGAGUAUACAAGCUAUGUGGCACAGAAGGCUAGGGAAGCAAAGGAUACUCCAAUGGGAAAAGCGUCCGAGUACAAGGACUAUGCAGCCGAGAAAGCCAAGGAAGCAAAGGACGCGACAGCUGAGAAGGCCAAGGAUGCCGCAGAAAAGGCAAAACAAGGGACAGAAUAUGCAGCGGAGAAGGCAAAAGUAGGAAAAGGUGCUACUGCGGAGAAGAUGAACGAGUGCAAAGAUUACACCGCUGAGAAAGCAAAGGAGAGUAAGGAUACCACUGUUAGUACGCUUGGGGAGUUGAAAGACUCUGCUGCUGACGCUGCAAGGAGGACUAUGGGCUUCCUCACUGGAAAGACAGAAGAAACGAAAGAGAAGGCAUCAGAGACUGCAGAGAAAACCAAGGAAAAGUUGAGUGAAACAACGGAGUCAGCUAGACAGAAAAUGGAAGAGAUGAAGCUGAGAGGCGAAGAGUUCAAAGAAGCUGGAGGGGAUUAUGAUGGUUUGGGACGUGAAGGUGUCUCAGAGACAAUUAUGAUUAAACUUGAAGAUACCCCAGCAGGAGCUGUUGCUGCUACGCUGAAAGCAUCUGAUCAGAUGACUGGCCAAACUUUCAAUGAUGUUGGGUGGAUGAACGAGGAAGGCGUUAUACGCGUAGAACGCUCCGGUAAAACCAAAAGGUAAUCUCAAACCAUCUGCAUAUGCCCUUCGGAUAGGGUGGGACUAUUUGUGUUGCUUCUUUCUAUGGUUUUGCUUCUGUUUUUGUAUCUUCUUGCUAUAAAGUACUUUUUUGUUGCA